AGCUGCUGCGUUGCACGGUUUUACACUCCCCCCAAACGGCUGCUCUUUCAAGCCACCAAGAGGGUUGAAAUGAAGCUGUCAGCAGGUGCCAUCUCUGCAGCCUCCAGGAGAGAACUGCCCUUGCGUUUCUGGCCUCUGAGGGGCCGCCCCUCCCCUCGUCGCAUCUCUGCCCUCCCUCUGGUUCCUGUGGCAUCACCGUCUCCCAUCCGAUGCCCCUGCCUCCCCCCGAUGGGGAAACGGAGGCCCCGAGCCGGAGGGACACGGCGGCCCCACGGCCCCACGCCGCGCGCCCCCUCCCGGCCGCCGCCACCGAGACGCCGAGUCCGCCGGCCGCCUAGAGCGCCCCGGAAGUGGCGGGCCGGCGGAGCGCAGAGCGGGCGGCACUUCCGGCCAGCGGCGGCGGCCCGGCCCGCGGGUUCCGACAGCACUGCGUGUGAGACAGCAACCGGGAGCACCAGAGAGCCUCCCGCAGCUGAGAUGAGAAAAGACCAGAAGCCGGUCCUGUUGCUGGAGCCUGGAAGACGGGGGAAACUGAGGUGAGAAGGCGCUGGCAGUGGUAGGAGAAACUGAAGAGGGAACUGCAGCCCGUGGGGCCCAGGAGCAGCGGGG